GCCCAUGGACUGGAUGUCUUCAACUUGCCAGGAAUACAAAGCUGAACACGAGUAGAACUGACUCCUUAUUUUGUCAUAAUGGAUGCUGGAGUUCUACAGUCUUAAGGAAAUAUAUUGCAACAAAGGAAUAUAGUCUUCUAUUCAGAGAUAAAAAGCAAAAGAGAAAAACGGUGUAAUUUUCUUGCCAAUAUAAAAGAGGCCUUAUUUCUUACUGUGCUGGAAUUGCAGACCUUUAUUUUUUUGGUUUGCUUGACAAUACUACUGAAUCUGUAUAAAGAGGAGAGGGAAUUCUUAAUAGAUUUUUAUUGAAUAUCUGUAGCUUAAUUUUUAAAGAGAUCUAUACUAUAAAUAGGGUGAUCUAUCUUUACAAGUAAUCUGUAAAAGAGUCCCUUGGGAGGGACAGCAUAGCUGUAUGGGAAUUGGAGUCACUAUUUUCCCCCUGCGUUGCGAAAGGGAAGAGAUGAGAUUUGUGUAUUUUUAAUGUUGGCAGUCUCAGCCGGGGUUCUGCUGUGUGUCUGCCUGCUGUUUGUCAGCCGGGUCGUGAGAUAGGAAUCUGUGGAUGCCACGGGUCGGGUGGCACACCUAUGCACGGUGCUGAGAAGGGUUGACCUCAUCGGGGCGGUUUAGCAGAACGUUUUGUCAAUUGCACUAUUGGAUUAAAAAGGGAUUUAGGACUGAGUCACGAAGUCGCAACAAAAUGAACUUUUAAUAUCACAGAAGGAAGAGCUGCAGAAGGGAGGCUGGGGUCUGCUCUGAACCGAACCUGUUGUGCCUCAAAUAUUGCAGCACGCAAUGUGGGAAGUAAACCUGAACUCACAGGGUCUGUGCUUCUGCGUAUCUAAACUGAUGUCGUCAGUCUUUCCAGUGGCUGAACAUGCAUUUUGAUCUGUUUUUACAGUACUCAAUUUUUGUUUAUAAUAUGGCUCAAAAUAAAUCACUUGAACUUUGAUACUCUCGAAAGGUCUCAAUAUUUAUGUGUUUAUGCCAUAAACCUCCUCAGCAUGUUGUGUCCCUCUAAAUUUGAUCACAUCCUUCCUUGGUGAGUGAUCAGAACAGCUGCUGUGACAGCACUGUGCUGGUGUCCAUAAACAUCUUUCACUUUCUGUAUGGAAAGAAGCUGAAAUCUUGUUGAUUGCCAUUACCUUUAUCCGCAGGGCUUAGCACAGUGCACCAGCAGGAUAAACCAAAGGCAUGUGAGGCUGUGGGAGGCGAUCAGACUGAUGGCUCUGUUCACUUGAUAAAGGAUUAAAAAACCGUAUGGUUAAAAAAGAAAGGCCGCUGCAGUCCUCCUGUUAGUGGUGGGUAACAGCCUUCCCUCCGUUCACCUGGCAGAAUUCACGUGACAAAGACAUCAUGUUAGUUUGGCAACUUUAACAAUGAGAAAUAACUUUAUAUUCCUGUGAAUAGUCAUAAAUGUAGUGACUAUUUCUUACGUCUCUGAUGACGUGGAAGUGUUGAUUCUCGAGAAUAUGCUUUUUCCACAGCUGGUGCAUCAUAAAAUCACCAUAGAAUCACAGAACGGCCUGGGUUGCAAAGGCCCACAAUGCUCAUUGAGUUCCAACCCCCUGCUAUGUGCAGGGUCGCCAACCAGCAGCCCAGGCUGCCCAGAGCCACAUCCAGCCUGGCCUUGAAUGCCUGCAGGGAUGGGGCAUCCACAGCCUCCUUGGGCAACAUGCAAACACCCAAAAGUCAAUUGGAGGAUGUUUUUUGGCAGCGUCUGAUUGAAAUUCUUCAUUAAAUUUGGUGACUGUGCUGUGCAGGUACGUAGGCACUGUGUGGUAGGCACACUGCUGAUUAGCUGAUUCAGCAUUAGCGCUUUUAACUUUCAGUUGCUCAGAUGCGUCACAAAUGGAGACUUGGGGCAGAUCUCUGUGUUGAUGCAUCACACACAGCAGUAGUGCUGUUGGUCAGAUGCUGAGCUCUCCCCUGGAGCUCAUACCUGUGGGGCAGGUGAUGGAGAGCAGGAACUGUGCCGAAUGGAGCGGUGCGUUUUGUUGUAUGAGCUCCUCACUGUGACUGCAGUAUGAAGCAGACCUUGGAUUGCUCCACGAACACUGCCUGUGUGUGGCAUGUAGGAGAGAAGUGGGACAAGACAAUCAGUUACAAUCACAAAUGAAAGGUACUUAUUAUUGAAUGGCCUUUGUUCGCUAUAGCAAUAAAUGACCCGAGUGCAACGACCUGAUUUAAUAAAGCCCUCUUGUAAAAGUCGCUGCCAGGAGUGUGUUUAGCCAUGAGGAAAUCGCCCUAAUGUAUGUCUGUAUCGUCUUCAGCUCAUGUUGUGUACUGGAGAGGAGGGCCUUGCUUUGGAGGUGUUCCACAGAGCAGUUCCCUAAGAGCAGUGCGCUUCUCUGACCCGUUCUCCUGUGCUGUAAAACGAUGCAUGCUCCCCAAACUCAGCAAAUAAAAUGAGUCCAACCUGUUGACACGUCUGCUCACUUCAUGGUCCGAGAUGUUUCCUGUGCUGUUGAAGAUGCUUUGCAGGAGGAGGCUGGGUGGGAAAGUGCAUUGCUGUUCGUUCAGCUCACCCAGGAGACAUCAUUGGUAUUCACUUGCCAGGUUAUUCUGGCUCAUGAUGUGCAGGAUGGCUGUCCCCGGAGCUGCGAGCUGCUGCUGCUUUGUUGGCUUGGUUUGAAUCUUACAAGUGAGUCUGAGAGUAUUAACUUCUGAGCUUCUCCUAUUCCUUUCUUUCAAUUUUUGGUGCUGCUAAUUGAUCUGACCUUUCUGUGCGGCUCCUGAGCUUGUUUUAAGCUCCCUCUUAGCACUCAGUAACACAAAUCAGUGCACGUUGGAAUCACUGCUUAAAUACGGAGUGCAGGCUCAAUGUGCUGUGUUUGAGGAGGGCACAGGUGAGGGGAAAAGCAAAUGAACAAAGGCAGGAAACCAGGUUAAAAAUGGGAAAUGUGUAUUCAAUUCUCAUGCUCUGUAAUAUUGUCACCUGCCGUUUACAGGCAGUUUUGGGGAAAUAAAGUGUGCAGCCCCGUGUGUGCCUUUUGAUUUGAGCAGUCGCUGGGAGAUGACGUUCCUCUUUCAUGUUGCUGCAGGAGAAUUGCGUUUCUGAUGAGGGGCUCUAACGAACUGCAGGGUUUGACUUGGGGUUACUUAGCAAAGUAUACGUUAACCCUUGAUGAACACACAGCCUUUGUUUAAUUUAGCAGAAGUCUCAUUAAGUCUUUCCAAAGGAAAGGGUAAAAAUGGGCCUUUGUGGCUCUGGACUUUGGGCUGUUGCUUAAAGCUCUCUGAGGUGUUGCCGAUUGCUUUCCCUGUGCUGUGUCAAAACAGCUGCACCUCUGUCUUGGGAAACUGAGUUUUGCAAGAGCUGAAGGGCCGAACCACUGCAGCCCCUCCCUUGUGGGUGCCCAGGCACGUACCUCCAUCCUGAAAAAUGCAAACAGCCCCGACCAGCUUGCAGCGCGUGGAGCCCCACGUGUUCAGAGCACUCUCCUCACCCGUGGGAGUCACAUUGUGAGGGUGUUUCUAAGCCCCGUGGAGCACAGCUUUAUACCUCAAGAGAUUUCUGGGAGAAGUGCGUGCAUCUGCUGAGAUACAGCAGCCCUCAGAGGGCGAAUUGGGCAGAGGAGGUGUUGGAAAAGCCGGGGGCUGCUCAGUCAUUGCAGCAGAGCUCCUGGGUGUGUGUGGGUGCACGGCUGCAGCUACCUGGGGAGGAGGCCUCCAAGCAGUGCGUUGGGUUACCAGUGCGUUUGGGCCUUUGCUUCUGAGUUAAAGGUGUGUGGAGGUGCUGCCUCUAUAAUUCUUUGCCUGGGACUGUGCGGAGCGCGAGUCACGGAGUCUACCCGGGUUGGUGGUGUGGGUGCUCUGCUGUGCUUGCCUUGGUUCCUGUUUGGUUCGAGACGGACACGGGCAGCUUGUUUGAGCAGAUCUCUGCAGUACAGGAGAGCAGACGGUGCUCCCCCCAGGGUUGGGGAGGUACAGCUGCUCAGGUGUGACUCACCUGUGGCAAAGUGGCAGCCUGGCUCUCUGUGGGCGCGUCUGUGACAGUGCUGGUAUUCCGCACUGCAACACCUCUGCUGUCAUCCGCCGGUCCCGCAGUGCCAAUCCAGUGGGGCCGGUGAGAAAGCAGGCUGAUGCCCCAGGUUAUUUCCCCAUGGGAAGAGAACACGCAGUGGGGCACACGGACAGCCCUGCGCAGCGCCGGAGCAGCGUGGCCAUGGGUGCGUGGUUGGGCGCUCACCGGUGACGUCUCCGGGAUCCCCGGUGCUGUGAAUCCUCCGUGCAGCAGAACCCGGAGUCCUGAGCAGGGAGAAGAGCAGUGACUGCGGGGGAUGGAUGUGAGGGCAGCCCUCUGCCUGCUCCUCUGGGCUGUGCUCUUCCCAGCUGCACCACACACUGCUCCUGGGGUCCUCAGUAAGGGAUCCAGGGCUGGCGACCUGCAAGAUGGGUGUACAGAUCUGAUUCCCUGUGAAGACAGCGGAACUCUCUGCAUUCAGGCCUGUUCUCCCUCCUUCCAUGGGGAGACAAGCUUUGUCUGCAAAGACAGAACGUGGCGAAUGUUCACAGAUGCCUGUGCAAAUCUGGACGUGCAGUCACUUUUUCAGAGGAUUUCUAAACGGGAACCCCUUCCAAGUUCAGAAGGACACAUUGCAGGAGGACACUUUCCCUUUGUAAGGCCAGGAAAGCCAAUGCAUGGGAAGCCUGGAGAUGGAGCAAAAUAUUUUGGUGCUGAUGACCGUGGGAAAAGUAACUGUCAAGCUGAUUUUUCAUGCAUCAUCCCAGAUAUCUUGUCUUCACCAGCAAUUCCAGGAAAUAUUGCUGAUAUUGUGGAGCUGCUAAAGAUGAUUUCCCUAAUGUUAUCAGAGGAUGUCAAUAGAGGAAAAAUGCAGAGUUACAGCAAGAUAGCAAAUCACAUUCUGAACAGCUCCGUUAUUUCCAAUUGGGCUUUUGUAAAGGACAGAAACGCCAGUUCAACGUUACUGGACUCAGUGAACCUGUUUGCUGGCAAACUUCUUCUAAGGAACGGGUCAGAACACAUUCAGGAGCACUUCAUCUCUACAAAAGGCUUCAGCAUACAUCGAAAUGCUUCAGGGAAGAGCUUUGAUUUUUCUAUGGAGGUGAAUAAGACGAACUAUGUCAGCGGGCGUGUGGUCAUUCCAGAAGAAGAACUUCAGAAGUUACCAAACACUUCCAAAGCCAUCAGCAUUGCGUUUCCCACGCUUGGAGCCAUUAUAGAAGCCAGCCGUCCGGACCCCAUUUCUGUGAAUGGGAUGGUUUUAUCCGUGUCCCUUCCAGAAGAGCUUCAGCAUAUUUUACUUACCUUUGAGAAGGUGAAUAAGCUGGAGAGCGUCGGGGCUCAGUGCGUUGGAUGGCACUCUACUGAAAGGAGGUGGGAUAACAAGGCGUGCCAAAUGAAGUCCGACAACAUCAGCAGUGUUGUCUGCAUGUGCAAGCACCGCCGCCGCACCUUCAGAUCCUUCUCCAUUUUGAUGUCCCCCACCUUGCUGAGAAACACAGUGCUGGAUUACAUUACAUGUGUGGGGUUGGGCCUUUCUAUUUUCAGCUUGAUUCUGUGCCUGACCAUUGAGAUGGCUGUCUGGCAUCACGUUACCAAAACUGAAAUCACCUACAUGCGCCAUUUCUGUUUGGUGAACAUCGCCACGUCGCUUCUCAUUGCCGAUAUCUUGUUCAUCGUGGCAGCUGUUGUGCACAACACAGCCCUGAACUACCGCCUGUGUGUGGCAGCCACUUUCUUCCUUCACUUGUUCUAUCUUGCCUUGUUCUUCUGGAUGUUUACCCUGGGUCUCUUAAUUCUCUAUGGAUUACUGUUGGUUUUUUUUAAGAUAACAAGAUCAGUAUUCAUAGUUACGGCGUUUGUUAUUGGCUAUGGAUGUCCCUUAGUCAUAUCCAUCCUCACCGUCGCUAUUACCGAACCAAAGAAUGGGUACUUAAGGAGUGGAGCCUGCUGGCUCAAUUGGUACGAGACGAAAGCCCUCCUGGCCUUUGCUGUACCUGCUCUGAGCAUCGUUGCAGUGAAUCUGGCUGUGGUAGUGGUGGUUGUGGUGAAGACUCCAAGGCCCUCUAUUGGAGAAAGCUGCAAGUCAAGGGAUUUGAGCAACAUGAUCCGAAUCAGCAAAAACGUUGCCCUUCUGACGCCUCUGCUGGGCCUCACCUGGGGGUUUGGGUUAGCAACAGUGGUUGACAGUCACUCUCUGGCAUUCCACGUUACCUUUGCGCUCCUCAAUGCCUUCCAGGGAUUCUUCAUUCUGUUGUUUGGGACACUUCUGGACAGAAAGACCAGAGAAGCCUUAAGGAAGAACUGCCUUUCAUCAAAGCGGGAGUGCAGUCUAGCAAAGGCCUAGCAGCAGGCUGUCUUCAGCGCAUCUGAGCAGUGAGAGGAAAAGGAGCUGUGGUACGGAAGCUGUGGUUUGAGGUCAGCCAGGAGUGCACACAGCAGCAUCCCGGAGCGUGGCCACAGGACGUGUCACAAACACCAGAAGAGAAAGGGCCCCGGAGCUGCGGUCGGCAGCAAGAAGCCACUGGUGCUGCUGCAGCCCUUGGGGGAAGCGAGCCAUAACGUGCAGGUUGCUUUCUGCCCGUGUGAGAACUGCUGUGAGGAGUUUGUCCCUGUUUGCCAUUUCAGUGCUUCAAGACUUUACUUCACGUCAGUGCAAUAAGGAGCUGCACAGCAUGCAGGGCUGUUCUGCAGACGUUUCAUUUUUAGCAUAAAGUACAAAUAUCGAGCAUUAUCUGUUUACUUGGUCUGUCCUUGCAUGCAUGCUCUUCUAUGGGUGGCACUGUGUUUGUCAGACACCGGUCUGUGCUCCUGGAGGUGGGGAGAGCAUGACCCUGCUCCUGCACUGCGCUGCUCUCCAUCCCGCACCGUGUGCCAGAGGAGCUGCACAGAAUCGAUCAGCACAGAAUUACAGACUUCUCAUUCUUUCUCCAGUCCUAAAACAGGCUGACAGAUGGGGGGUGAGGAAUGCUCAGCGUGGUGUUACUGACCUCUUCAGAUGUGGGGGAGCACACCUGAAUAUACAUCAGAGCUGAGUUGUGGAGAUGGAGGUCCCCCUCAGUACCUGCACUGUACUGACGGAGGAGCAGUUUGCCACGGAUGAUGGUGUAUCUGUUUUUACAAGGAGGUCAGUUCUUGGUCUGGGAAGCCCUUCCAAAUGAAAGCCUGGAUAGAAAUGUGGGUUCUUGUUAGGACAAACCAGUGCUCUCAAAUGAAAAUAAAGUAGAGAUUUUCUCAUUGUUUGUAGUA